AUGACGGUUCUGUAUUGUCUUUUCCUUUUCCUGAUCCUGGAAAUGACGUUGGUGAGGUGUUCGUGGAAUGGAGCGCCAACGAGGACGUGUGUCAACAUGACUCCGAGUCAUGGCAACUCAACCUUCCAGACCUCUCAGUCGCCAUACUACAUCAGCGUCAAAGGAGGCAACAACAUCUACACCGUGACAAUAAAUGGUAGCAGUUCAUUCAAAGGAUUCAUCGUCGGUGCAUUCGACUACCUUGGUCACCAGAUUGGAUUGUUUGAGAGUCUCGAUGUUAAUACGAAGUACCGUUGUAACAGCACAGCUGUUACUCACAACUCUACCCUCAACGUCUCGUCUGUAUCGUUCAGCGUGAAUUUGAAACCUAAUUAUAAAUCAUUUUCAACCGAUAUGCAGAAUGUUGGGACAUCUUUGACUCUCUCCUGGACUCUCAUCAUUGGCACUAUGGGUUUCGCUCUGCUUCUCAAUGAAUUGAAGCAUUUAAGUGCUCGUUAUGGAGGAUUUUAA